AUGCCUUACACGCCGCCCUCAAAUCGAUCUCCCGCCUCGUCAGCCUCCUCGUCGCCCGUUGCGAGCCGGCGUUCCUCCCUACAGACAGGGACCCGACCAAACCUCCCCAGAUCCGCCUCGUACCUCCACAAGCACCGACGAACACCCUCAGCUUCCGCCGUCAGCGAUGGAUCAACGGGCACGCUGACACCCCAGGGCACAUCGGAGGAUCUCAAGAGCAUGGGCUCGGCCGUGCCAUCCAACGUCCGCCAGUCUCCCCCCCCGCUGACGGACGACCGAGCCAUGCCCAUGGGUGCCAUUAUCUCGCCUCCCGACUCUGCCUCCUCCGGUAGCGAUGACGAGGAGCAGGAACCCCAGAUCCGCGGCCGAAAGCUCGACAAGGCGCUUCGAGAUGCCGUUAGCCAGAUCCCCAUGCAACGAUCAGCAUCCCCCCAGAGAUCGCAACCCACACAAGAAAACGGCGAUAGCCAGCCUCGUCGGAAAGACAGUGUUCACCUGAGCUUCAGCACAAGCGCCCUGGGUGACCUCGCCAAGGCGGGACGCAAGAUUGGACAUGUUCGCUCCGUCACUGAGCCUCACAUUUCUCUGACCAAGUCUGCCGAUAACUCAUUGUCAGUAUCGGAGGAAGAGACCGAUGAGGACCUGCAAAAGAAGCCUCAGAUGGUGCGAAAGAAGUCGGGCGAGCUUGUUCGACCUGCACUUCGCCCCCCCUCCCGACGACGCCCCUCCAGCAUGCCUGGCACCCCCGUCUUCUCCAAGGCUGUCCACUUUGACUCACACCUUGAGCAUGUACGCCACUUUCUGCAGGUGGACCGCCCUCUUGCUGUGAGCGCUGGCUCUUCGCCCAUCGACAGCUACGAGAGCGAUACCGAGUAUCCCUUCCCUGGCAAUGGCCAGCAAAAAGUGCGGUCGCCCCCCUACGAGUGGGAGAUUCUCACAUCCAACUUUCCCCACGACAGCGCCACUCGCAGGUCGUUGCCCGUGCGGCUCGAAAAGGUGUGGCUGUCCAACGACCAAAAGACGCUGCUAGGCUCGGUGGCUGUCGCCAAUCUCGCGUUCCAGAAGUCGGUUACCUGCCGCUUCACUCUGGACUACUGGAAGACCACCUCGGAGGUUGCCGCUGACUACAGCCACGAGAUCCGCCCUCGGGAAACACCGUUGGGCCACGACCGGUUUACCUUUUCUAUCAAGCUGGCUGACACGGCUAACCUCGAGUCCAAGACUCUGUUCCUCUGCGUCCGCUAUGCCGUCAACGGACUUGACUACUGGGACAACAACGACUCGAGCAACUUCCAGAUUGACUUCCGCAAGAAGCAUCUUCCCCAGAAGGGGAAGAACAACUUCCAGGGCGCCUCUUCCCGCCCAGUUAAUGGCCUUCCCCGGAGCAACCGACGCAACGGAGCCUCAACGGUGCCUCGCCCCAAGUCGAUGCCUGCUGGCUUCGGCGAGUUUGGUGAGGAUGCUAAGCUCAGCUAUGACCAGCCCAUCCACGAAUAUCUCGGUGAGUCGGGCAACGGCACCUCGGGUCUCCGCCUCAAGUCCAAGUCAGCGGGCAACCUCGCCAGCGAUAACAUGGCCAAGGGCUUUGGCUCGCCCAGCGGCCUUGCCUUCUCUAACCGCUACGACUUUGGCGCUUCUCUCAGCGCUGCCGUCCAGGCGGCCAAGGAUUCUGGCUCCAAGGAUAAGGACGGGCUCUACAUGAAGGCCAACGUCCGGAGUGCUAAGCCCACUCUCCCCGUAUCGACGACUCAGCCCUCGACACAGGUUCAGAGCCAGACGGCCCACGGGGCGACCUCGCCCAACUCAACCUUGUCCAGCUCCUCGUACGAAGAGCUGGUCAACAAGUACUGCUUUGUACGUGCCCCCGAAGUGCGCCCUGCUUCACCCGCCUCUGGCCCUCGUCCUCCCCUCGGUCGCCAAGAUGGUUUCACCCUUCACCUGGAUUUUGGUUCAAAGCAGUCGAGCCCUAACAUGAGGGACGGUACGCUCAGCGGUGCUCGCUUUGAUGGUUCUUCUGGAGGCGCUGCUGCUGCCCCUGCUCCUCGCCGGAGCAACGUCACGGCUCUCGGAAGUCCCAACGGCAGCAUCCAUCACGCCGGCCCCGCCGUUCAUCAUAGUCUUCCGCUAGGACAUGGUGUCUACCACCCUUCUUCGGCCCCGUCGACACCCAAGGAUGCCUUCCAGGCAAGCGCCGGGUCACCGACACCGAGGACAUCUGCCUCGGCAAGGUCCGCCUCGCCUGCCUUUAUGACAUUUGACGGUACGCCGUCGACCGAUGUUUCCUACCACGUCCAGCAACAGAUGAUGAUGGAGCGGUUCCCCUGGACGGGUGACUCUCACGCUGCCACAGCAAUCCGAGGAUAG